UUGGCAGCUGAGUGUAAAAGUGCAGGCCACAGUGGUGUUUUGGUGCCUUUUAAGUGUGAUUUGAACAACGACGAAGAGAUUCUGUCAAUGUUCGCCGCCAUCAAAGCGCAGCACAAAGGGGUGGAUGUGUGCAUCAACAACGCUGGCUUGGCUCAUCCAGAGUCAUUGUUAAAUGGCAAAACCAGUGGCUGGAAGAACAUGCUGGAUGUGAACGUUCUUGCAUUGUGCAUCUGCACCCGUGAAGCCUAUCAGUCGAUGAAAGAGAGAAAUAUCGACGAUGGGCACAUCAUAAACAUAAACAGCAUGAGUGGACAUCGUGUGGUUCCCAGUGCUGAUGUUCAUUUCUACAGCUCCACCAAGUUCGCUGUGACGGCGCUGACGGAGGGUCUGAGACAGGAGCUGCGUGAGGCAAACACCCACAUCAGGGCCACAUGCAUUUCUCCUGGUGUGGUGGAGACAGAAUUUGCUCCGCGGCUGUACAGAGACAAUGCAGACAAAGCUGCUGCUACAUACACUAAAUUUAAGCCUUUGGAUGCAAUCGAUGUUGCAAAUUCUGUUACAUACGUCCUGAGUGCCCCUCCUCAUGUGCAGAUUGGUGACAUUCAGAUGCGACCUGUGGAGCAGGUGUCAUAAGUCUGCACCAUGUGACCGCUAAUUUAGUGCACUGACAUUCCAAAUCUGAUUAUCACAAUGACUUAAUUUGAUCAUGAAAUGAAUUUGCUUUUUAAAAUAAGUACUUAAGAUUGCACAUGUAUAGAUUAAAGUGUCUGAUCUAAACAUGAAA